UUCAAAAUAUUGUCAUUCAUUUCUAUCAAGAGAUUUCUAUGUUUUGAUCGCUUAUUUUCAAUAAAAAAAAUUCUAGCCCAAUUUUCAUAUCAGAAAAACAAUUGAAAAUGAGUGAUCCGAAGGAGUCUAUGGAAAUGGAAAUUGAAAUUUCCGGUGAGUCGUCGAGAGGUAAUCAAGGCAUGGAAACAUCAAUUACCGAAGAAAAAAAUGUUAUGGCACAAGGAACUGUAAGUUCUGUAACAUGUUCUCUUCAUCCCCUUGUUAUAAUGAAUGUUUCGGAACAUUGGACUCGAGAAAGGGCACAAGAAGGCUCAGUACAACAAGUGAUCGGAGCUCUUAUAGGUAAACAAAAAGGAAGAAAUAUUGAAAUUAUGAAUUCCUUCGAAUUAGUUUUUGCAAGAGUAGCUGAAGAUAUAAUUAUCGAUAAAGAAUACUAUAAUGUCAAGGAAGAACAAUUUAAACAAGUUUUUAGUGAUAUGGACUUUAUUGGUUGGUACACUACAGGAGAAGCUCCUACAGUAUCGGAUAUAAAAAUACAUAAACAAAUAUGUGAAAUUAAUGAAUCUCCUAUAAUGUUAAAACUGAAUCCUUGGGAUAAGAAUAUUGAUCAUCUACCAGUUAGUAUCUUUGAGUCGGUUAUUGAUCUUGUUGGUGGAGAAACCACCAUGCUCUUUGUGCCUUUGACUUAUACUUUGGCAACUGAAGAAGCUGAAAGAAUUGGUGUAGAUCAUGUAGCUAGAAUGUCUGCUUCAGAAUCUGGUGAAAGUUCCUUAGUAGCAGAACAUCUGUCUGCACAACAUAGUGCCAUAAAAAUGCUAUAUUCCAGGGUGAAGAUCAUUUUGGAAUAUAUGAAAGCUGUUGAGAGUGGACAACUACCCAAAAAUCAUGAAAUACUUAGAGAAGCCUAUUCACUUUGUCAUCGAUUACCAGUCAUGCAGAGUUCAAGAUUUAGACAAGAUUUCUAUAAUCAAUGCAAUGACGUUGGUUUAAUGACUUACCUGGGUACUUUAACAAAGGGCUGCAAUGAUUUAAAUCAGUUUGUCAACAAAUUCAAUAUAUUGUAUGAUAGGCAAGGAUUAGGUAGAAGGAUGCGUGGUAUUUUCUUCUAGACUGGUCAGAAACAAGUAAUUUAUUGAAAUUUGUAAUAAACAAUCCUUCAUUUACAGUGUGAUUGAUGUCUUUUAUUGUAAUCAGUAAAUAUAAUAGCUGGUAAAAAAUAUUUAUAAAAACUACUAUAGUAUACAGCUUGAGUUCUCUGGAAGACAAUUUGUUUUCAAUAAAUUUUAUUUUUCACUUA